GCCGGGAGCUGUAGUCUUCCACCGGCCCCUCGCUGCGCGCUCCAUUUUGUUGGAAUGGUAAACAAACUCGCCUUCCCGGCGUGCUCCCCGCUCGCCUGGCCGAGGCCGCGGUGAGGAGGAAGGCAGGCUGCGGCCCUGCCGCUCCUCUCGCGGGUGAGGGGAGGGCUGUGAGGCGGCGGAGGAGGAGGCGGCGGCGGCGGCGGCGGACCAAGAUGGCGGCGGCGGGCUCCGGGGCCGCGGCGGGAGCCGGGCCGAGCUCCUCCUCAUCGUCCUCGUCGGGCGGCGGCGGCGGCGGCGGCGGCACUGCGGUGGCGGGAGGCGCCGUGGCCGCGGCCGCAGCCGUGGCGGCGUCCAACCCGCGCAAGUUCAGCGAGAAGAUCGCGCUGCAGAAGCAGCGGCAGGCCGAGGAGACGGCGGCCUUCGAGGAGGUGAUGAUGGAGCUGGGCACCACCCGGUUGCAGGCCCAGAAGCUGCGUUUAGCUCACAGCCGAAGCCCGUACUAUGGCGGCUCUCUACCCAACGUCAACCAGAUCGGGAGUGGAGCUUCUGAGUUCCAGGGCCCGCUCCAUUCACCGCUGGAUUCUGCCCGUGGCACACGGCAUCACGGCCUGGUGGAACGGGUGCAGCGGGACCCCCGGCGGAUGAUGUCUCCCCUGCGCCGCUGCAUACGCCAGAUCGAUAGCUCCCCCUACAGCCCUGCGUACUUGUCCCCUCCUGCUGAGCCGAGCUGGAGGAGGACCGUGCCCUGGGGCAACCUGCCCAUGGAGAAAGGACACCUAAUCAGACUGCCCUCAGCGCUCAACAGGACGAAUUCCGACUCUGCCCUGCAUACGAGCGUGAUGAACCCCAGCCCACAGGAUGCCUACCUGGGCCCCUCCCAGGGAGCUCCCCCCCCGAAUCGCAAGAUUGGUUACCUGGACAAUGACAUGGAUAGCAAAGUGUUUCUUUUCCAAGUGCCUUCCAUCGAAGAGAGUCUCCUGGACAACAAGCAUUUGCUCAAGCCGUGGGACACCAAAAAGCAGCUGUCCUCUUCAUCCGCCCGUCCACGGUCCUGCGAGGUGCCUGGGAUACACAUCUUCCCGUCCCCGGACCAGCCUGCCAACCUGCCUCUGAUACCUGCUGCCCUGAACACGGGGGGCUCCCUCCCGGACCUCACCAACCUGCACUUUCCGUCGCCACUGCCCACUCCCUUGGACCCCGAGGAGUCGGCGUACCCCAGCCUGAGCGGUGGGAGCAGCACCGGCAACCUGGCCAGCACCCUGACGCACCUGGGCAUCAGCGGCAGCGUGGGCCUUGGCCCCGGCUACGACUCCUCAGGCCUGUGCUCAUCUAUGCAGAACUCCCUCAGUAACCCCUGCAUCCAGUCCUCGCUUAGCAACCCCUCGCUGCAGGGCUCCCUCAGCAACCCCUCGCUGCGCUCCUCCCCGAGCGGCGGCUCCGUGCCCUCCUCCCUCAGCAACCCCUCCCUCUCGUCCUCCCUCAGCAACCCCUCCCUCCCCAGCGCUCUCGGCAGCCAGCCCGGCCCCGGCAACCCCGGCCUCCAGCCGCCCGGCUUCGGCAGCCCCGCCGCCUCCUCCGCCUCCUCCCCGUCGGCCGCCCCCUCUGCUGCCGCCUCCUACGCCCCCCUGAACGCCUCGCCCCGGCGCAGGGUCCCCCUCAGCCCCCUGACCCUCCCAAUGGGCGGAGACUCGAGAAGGCCGCACCCAAAACCGUUUUCGCCAACUAUGUCACCCACAUUGUCCUCCAUCACACAGGGGGUGCCACUGGACACCAGCAAGCUGCCGGCCGACCAGAGGCUCCCUCCGUACCCCUACAGCCAGCCCGGUCUGCACCUCCAGCAGGGCCAGAAGCCCCUCCACCAGGGGCAAGGAGGGGCGGGCGGCCCCCCUCAAGUCCGCCAGCAGCCGCAGCCCUUGCAGACGCCGUGCCCCUACCCGGCGCAGUACCCGUCCAACUCCAUGCUCCAGCACCAGCUCGGCCAGCCGCUGGGUGACUUCGGCCUGGGCAGCUUCGAUCAGUACAACUUCGUAGAGAACAUGUCUGGAGGCUUCGCUUUCAACAGCAACACCUUCACGGACGACCUGGGUGCCUUAAACUACUCCCAAGGCGACAGCGUGGGCCAGUCGGGGGGUGGGGGCGGCGGCGGCGGCACUGGGGGCAGUGGCAGCACUCACGACCCACACCUGCUCAACCGCCAGAACCUGAACAACUGCAGCCGCCACGGCCCCGUCCCCAACAUCAUUCUCACAGGGGACUCCCCCCCAGGGAUCUCCAAGGAGAUUGCCACCGUCUUGGCAGGCAUGCCUGGCUUCGAGAUGGGCUCCUCCGCCCUGGGUCUCGACGAGGACCUGAAGAUCGAGCCGCUCACCCUGGACGGGCUCCACAUGCUCAGCGACCCCUACGCCCUGCUGACCGACCCGGCCGUCGAGGACUCCUUCCGCACAGACCGGCUCCAGUGAAGGCAGGGGCACGCGGUGCCGAGAACCCCCGGCCUGGCAGGGAGGCCCGGGGGAGACCCAAGAGCCAGGCUCCCGCUCCCCACGCAGGGACUCUGGGAGCAGGGGCUGUGCGUGGCCACGGCCUCCCCGAGGCGUUGGCGAAACCUCUCCAGACAUUCUGGGCCAAACUCGGCAAAAAGCAGCCGCGAGCCCAGGCUGCGGAGGACCGGGGAGGAACUGGGCAGGGGGUGGAUGCCCCUCUUCAGCCCCGCGCCGGGGAGGUGCUUCCGGGUCGCUUGGAGGGGCCGGACGCUGCAGGAGAGCGAUGCGGGGUGUCCAAAGCCCUCCGGGAUGCAAGAGAGAGAAGAUGGACUGGAUCCGGGAGUAGCCUUCUGCCCCCCUUGAUCCGAGGGACGGGUGUUCGUGUGUGUCCGAGGCAGGUCUCUGCUGCCCAGAGUCCCAGCCGUGGGCCCUGCGUUUGUUCCUGUGUAUAUUUCCACCUGCACCGAUAGCUAGCGAGAUCAUCGUGGUAGUGUGCCGAGCCAGGCGAGUGUGCGGAGGAGGGAAGGCGGGCGCGAAGCUCGUGGUUCUUUUAUUUCUUUGCCUAAUCAUGUUUUUUAAAGAGAAUCUGUACAUAACGCCUCCCUCUCUCCUUAUCCCUCCCUCCUCUUGGACUGCCAUGUACUUGGGGGGCGGGCGGAGUUGGAGAAGGAAGUGGGGGCGUCUCUUGUAAAGCACUUGUAACUUUGCAUUCUUAUCUUUUGUGGAGUCAAGUCCAGUAUCUGAGCUUGAGUUGGGGGUGGGAGGGGGCGGGCAAAGAGGAAGAAUGUGGGCAGGGCACUUGGCCCCCUUCCUUGCCCACUGGCCCCCUCCCCCCCCACUAGGGAGGAGGCAAACCAGAGUGAUUUUAUUAUUAUUUUUUAAAAUAUAUGUUAAUUAUAAUGAAA